AUGCCGUGGUACACAAUUGGAGGCGCUCUCGUGCUCACCGGUGGCGCCCUUUUCUAUACCUUUGGUGUUGAUACAAGCGCUGUCCAUAUCUACGGGUACAGCAUCCUUACCGGCCUUGGCACUGGAAUGUAUCUCCAAGCUUCAUUCUCAGUUACUCAAGCUUGUGUUGCCCUCGAUAUGGUGGCUAGUGCUUUGGGAUUCAUCACAUGUGCCCAAGUCGUUGGCACUACUAUCGCUUUGGCUAUCGCCAACAGCGUGUUCUUAAACAAGUCACAAAAGAGUAUCAUUCACCUUCUGCCCAACAUAUCCAUUCAGGAAUUCGAGGAGAAAGUCAAGGUUGAAUCGGCUAUUGUGGACGCGAUGGGCGUGACAUAUAUCCUCGUUAUUGAUGCUGGUGCCCUGAAUCUAUUCCUUGGCCUGUUAAUGAAACGAGAACAUCUGUUUUUACAGCCCGGUGCUGCUGCAUAG